AUGCCGCGUCCCAACGAGGACACCGGCAAUGUUUCGACCUCUGCGGAGGUACAGAGGUCAAUUUCUCUUCUCUCGCACGGCACCAGCAGCUUCACUGCACAGUGUCCCAUGCUUGUCUCAGAGACCCUCUCGCCGGUGCCGAGUGUACCAAGCAACGGUGCUGCUGGACUCCAACACGACGCUGUCGCUGAUAGGACUCACGUGAGCAACGCAUCUGCGGCAGCUCUGCUGUCUACUGUGAGCGCACUGCCGGAUGUGCGCGCCACGGAGACGCGACUGCGGACAGCGCAAGAGGCAGAGCUAAGCGUGUUGGUUCGCUUGCGACGGCUUACGGAGACCUUAGUGAGUGUCAUAUCCGCAUCUAACGCUGCGGGUGGUGCGGGUGUGGUGACGACGGCGGCGCACGGGGGCUGCGACACUGAGGACGUCAAGGCGCUGUCCAAUGAGGGUGCAUUUCGAGCUUCACUGCCGGUCCUGAUUGCGUGUCCCUCUGCGGCUGGGAUUAACGGGGCGACGCACAUACAAGCAGAGACGUGUCUCGUGAUGCGGUGCGUUUCUAUGCCACCUGCAGGCCUCUCCGCAGCUGCAAGAGAGCAAUACACUGCUCUGCACGACACUCUUGCACAGUACUUGUGUAAGUCAGAGGAUGGCAGCAUUGACAGCGCGUGUGAUAUCGCCGCUAGCAACGCAUGCUCUCCAAGUACUGGGACACUGCAGGAUCCUCAGUCCGUUGAGCAGUGCGACGCGAUCCUUUGUGCGCUCGGGCCUCGGGUCACUAGAGCGGUCAUCUGCCGCGCAGGCACGCCAACUGCAUUACCCGGCGUCGCUGAGGGUGAGGCUGGAACUUCCACCCAGCCAGUUGCACGGGAUAGCAAUGCUGUGGAGGUGCAUCGACACUCAGGUUUCUUCAGCGAGCCGCGGCACUGCAUUCUGUCCCCGCCACGGCGAUCCGUGAGCGCACGCAGGUGGCGCGCCACGGGGGUUCUUUGUGACCCAGAGGUGUCGGCGGCAGGAACUGGCAUGGGGAGCGGGAGUGCAUCAUGGGGCACAGGAGUAUCCCACUCGCCGCUGACACCAUCUCACGUCUAUGGGUCAUCGGGUGGGCUUGUAGGGAAGGGCGAGAGUUCCACGGCGAUGGCGAUGGUGUUGCCAAAGUUCUCACCGGUGUGGGUUGAAGGCUCGUCCGCUGAGUUGGCUGCCGACGAGGAGCGGGCCGAGAUAAGGGUGGAGGAGGACGACCACAGCGGUGAGAAGGUAAAUGGGACUGCGCUAGCAUCCCCCACACCCAUCACAUCGGCUGGCUCUGCGGCGACCUCGACACGCGGACCGUCGCCAUAUGUCGUGAUGGUUAAACCUUGCAGCCCCUUGUAUCCAUGCAUCUCUCCACUUGCAGCUCACCGAGUCGCCACGGUUAAUGCAUGGGAGGACAGCAGCCAGGUUGCUCUGGGUGGACAUCUCGCUCAGGACACCCCUACAUCGCCUCCGCCACUGCCGACUUUGAGGUCGUCACCGCACCAACUUUCUCAGCCACUUAGCGCCACACCCACCUCCACCCUUGGCGACGCGGACGAGGAGGGGAUGUACUUUCCUACACCGCCGACUGCCAAGACGCAUCGUCGUAUUGAGAGCGAUAUCGACGUUCCAUCCCGCCUCCCUGCCAUGGGCAACAGUGGUCGUGCCUAUACGGGCGCCCAUGAGGCUUCCGCUUUUCCCAUAACGUGCGGCUCAACCGUUCCAGCGGCCUCUCUUCGUCGUCUUGCAUUAGGCGGCGGCUAUGACGAGGCGGGUAGUGAGCCACCGAGAGUGCCACAAUGGGAGACGCCUAUGGUGGACACAAGCCGAGAAGGGGUGCUGCAAACGGUGAGCGCAGCGCACACUUCACUGCUGUCAUCGACGCCGACUGGUGUGGUGACUGCCACAGACAUACUCGCCACAAUCACAGCCCUUCCACCCCCAUCCUCGCGGUCGCUCCUUUCAAAGCGCACCCCAGCGCGUCGCACGCAUCGUGGCGGGAAGGGCACUGGUGCGACACGUAAGGCGAAUGUGGCUCGGGCAGAAGGUCGGCCGAUACACUGUGGCGCGCGUAAGCGGACGCGGGGAGAAGUGGACGAGUGGGGGCGUAUCGACGUAGCUGAUGAGCCUCUUGCAGCGGUGCCGAUGGCGGGCUUGCCAUCUCUCAGCGCCGAUGUGUCGUUGAGCACUGCAGCUGUGUUGAACCGAUUGAUGUGCGAAGAAGCCGAUAGUGGCCAGCAUUCAAGCUCGGCGCCGGCACGCCGCGCCGAGAGUGACGGUCAUCAACACACAGUGCUCGAGGGGGAACACGCUUCCUGUGGCUACGUGCGAACCCGCGAGCAACGGAUGGAGGGCGUUGCGCAGGCAGAGCAGGUGUUCAGUGCUGUGCGCGCAGCGUGUAGGCCACUGCUGUCUGUGUCUUUGCAGACCCCUCCGCGCGGCAGCGGAGCCAACGCCGAGCGCGAUGACAUAUCGCCGUCCCUUUCGCCGCCUCUCUCGCAGAACACACCUCGUCAGUUCUGGGACAUUGACUUCCCUUGA